AGGGCCCAGCUGGAAUCGGCAGUGGGCUGGAAGGCAGUCAGACUGAGACCAUGGAGCUCAGUGUCUUCCUCCUCCUUGCUUUCCUCACAGGUCUCUUGCUUCUCCUGGCCAGGGGCCACCCAAAGGCACAGGGCCGCCUCCCACCAGGCCCCCGUCCUCUGCCCAUCUUUGGGAACCUUCUCCAGAUGGACAGAAGAGGCCUCUUAAAAUUCUUCCUGAGGCUCCGAGACAAAUACGGGGAUGUCUUCACGGUGUACUUUGGGCCAAGGCCUGUGGUCAUGCUAUGUGGGAUAGAGGCCAUUCGAGAGGCCCUGGUGGACCAAUCUGAGGCCUUCUCUGGUCGGGGGAAAGUUGCUGUUGUUGAUCCAGUCUUCCAGGGAUAUGGUGUGAUCUUCGCCAAUGGGGAACGCUGGAAGACCCUUCGGAAAUUCUCUCUGGCCACCCUGAGAGAUUUUGGGAUGGGCAAGAGGGGUGUAGAGGAGCUGAUUCAGGAAGAAGCUCAGUGUCUGGUGGAGGAACUGCGGAAAUCCCAGGGAGAGCUCCAGGACCCCACCUUCCACUUCCACUCCAUCACUGCCAACAUCAUCUGCUCUUUGGUCCUUGGAGAACGUUUUGCCUACAGAGAUCCUGAGUUCCUGAAGCUUCUGGAGAUGCUUUACCAGACCUUCAUGCUCACAAGCUCCUUCUCCAGCCAGGUGUUCGAGUUCUUCUCUGACAUCUUGAAGUACUUUCCUGGCACACACAGGCAAAUCUACAGAAACCUGCAGGAAAUCAAUGCCUUCAUUGGCCGCAGUGUGGAGAAGCACAGGGAGACCCUUGACCCCAGCACCCCUCGGGACUUCAUCGAUACCUACCUGCUCCACAUGGACAAAGAGAAAUCCGACCCGAACAGCGAGUUCCACCAACAGAACCUCAUCAUCACUGCUCUCUCGCUCUUCUUCGCGGGCACCGAGACCACCAGUGCCACUCUUCGCUAUGGAUUCCUGUUCCUGCUCAAAUACCCCCAUGUCGCAGAGAGAGUCCACAGGGAGAUUGAUCAGAUGAUUGGCUCACAUCGCCCUCCAGCCCUGGAUGACCGAGCCAAAAUGCCAUAUACUGAUGCAGUCAUUCAUGAGAUUCAGAGAUUCGGGGACAUCCUCCCCAUGGGCGGGCCCCACAUAGUCACCAAAGACACUCAAUUCCGAGGGUACAUCAUCUCGAAGGGCACUGAAGUAUUUCCCAUCCUGAGCUCUGCUCUCCAUGACCCACGUUACUUUGAAACACCAGACACCUUCAACCCUGACCACUUUCUGGAUGCCAAUGGGGCACUAAAGAAGAAUGAAGCUUUUAUCCCCUUCUCCUUAGGAAAGCGCAUUUGCCUUGGUGAAGGCAUCGCCUAUGCGGAAUUAUUCCUCUUCUUCACCACCAUCCUGCAGAACUUCUCCCUGGCCAGCCCCGUGGCCCCUGAGGACAUUGACCUCACACCCCAAGUGAAUGGAGUGGGGAAGUUGCCCCCGACAUACCAAAUCCGCUUCCUGUCCCGCUGAGGGGGUUGAAGGAAAGGGGUCAAAGGAUUCCAGGGUCAUGAAGUAUCCCCACCUCUGCAGGGAAUGUCCCCUGACUCUUCAUGUUUUCUUGAUCGGAGAGACCUGUUACAAGCCAGUAUCCUUCCCCCUUCUUGGUUGCCACCUCUUUGCAUUCUCGUCUCCUUUCUUCAUGCUGCAGCUCUUCUGAAUACUCAAGGAGGUUUUUCCUUUCCUCUGGUAAUAGAAUUCCGGGAGUGGUGUAUAUACAGAAACUGGAGACUGUUCAGGGAAACUCAGCACAGGAUUUCUCUGCAGUCUGCCACCCAGGCCAUAGCUCCCCUUGAGUGAUUUCUCCCUUUUCAGAACAACCACAGCCUCCAUUUAUGAUCUCCUUGCGCUCCAUGAGCUGUGCAUCCAUCAUCUCACUUGAAUCUCUCAAUGGCCCCAUGUGGUGGGUACAAUGAUCAUGUGUAUUGUAUAGAUGAGUAAGCAGAGGUGGGCAAAGGCAUCAGUUGUCCGAGGUCACAUGGCUAGUGAGUGGAAGACCAGAUCCACACUCUGUCUCCUUCGCGCUGGAACUCAAACUCUUUACUAAAGCUUCCUCCCCAUAUGUUUUUAAAUUAAGGUGAAAUUCACAGAACAACAACAAAAAAUCAACAAUUUAAAAGAGUGUAAUGUAGUGCUUUCUGUGUCUCUGGAUUUGCAUUUUCUGCAUAUUUUAAUAUAAUGGAAUCACAUAAAAUGUGCCCUUUUGUGACUGACUUCUUUCACUUAACAUGAUAUUUCUGAGGUUCAUCCAUGUUGUGCUCCACUGUAAUCUUCCCGCCUCCUCAUCUUACUGCCUCUCCAUUUUCUUUUUAAUAUGAAAAGGUGUCCACAGCCCACAGGACCCUGGUCUGUGUGAUUAUAAACAGAUGCCUUGGAUUCCCUGAUACUCUCCUUGAAGUCCUCUGUGACACAAAGAAACAUCCAAAGACUGACCUAUCCAGGUCCGGUGGUGAUCUGUGACAUUUUAUGUGUAAACCAUUUACUGUCAGGUCACAACGGAUCUUUCUGGAAGGUAAAUACUUCUCCAUCACCUCAAUGGCAGCUACAUGAAGGCAAUGUGUUGCCUUGUUCAUCACUGUUCUCUCAGUACACGGAGCAGUGUGUGGCAUACAACAAGUGUUGAACAUAUUUGUUGAAGAAUGGCUAAAUUCUGCAAUCCCCAAAACUGCCAACAUGGAGCUAGGUUUUUUCAUCAGCUCAUGUGUCCUCCAUAUCUUCCUCUGUUCUAUUGCCCCGAAUUGGGGUCAUUUGUCCUCACUGGGCACAUUUUGCCCCAAUUCUGCCUGCCAGCAGUUUUUGAUUCUUCAUAUGCCUGCCAGUCUCUGACAAAACGGGCUGAAAGCCAGCCUUGCAAAAACUAGGAAACCAGCCUUCACAUGUCCCACCAGCUGCCGCACCACUCUUUCUCCAGGGAGGCACCCUUUGUUCACGGACAUUGCCCACUAAAAUACCUCAGGCGAGCCAGGGGCUAAUGGGAAAGUGGCUUUGUGACCCAACGGGGAUGCAAAACUUCUGGCCUCUGUAGCACCUGCCAACUUUGGGCUCGCUGUUGCCUCUGGAGAGUUACAAAAAGUUCUGCUAAGGUAAAUGUCUGGUGUAUUGUCUGCCACCAAACACAUAAAAACAACCAACAACAGAGCACAUCACCUUUUAAGAGGGAGAGCAGAUGGAAGGCAGGCACAGCGAGGACCAUGGCCCUCUGGGUGAUUCUGAUCCACACGGUCCUCAUAGGCCUCUUGCUACUCUGGGGCCACCUCACCUUCCAGGGCUGCCUCCCUCCUGCUCCCUGGCCCCUUCUUUGCCUGGGGGAACAUUUUGCAAAUAGACCACAAGGACCAUCUCAAGUCCUUCCAGGCAGUGAGAUGGGGAGGGGAAAGGGUGGGAAGUAAGAUAUGUAGGACGAGAAAAGUUCAUGGGCAGCAAGGUAGUUAGAAAUCAAAGUUGUAUUGUUGUUUUUUUAAAAUUAGUUUCAGGUGUACAACACAGUGCAAUAGUUAUAUUUUUUACACCUC